UGGAGUGUUAGGCACGGUUUCCUAACUUGUAAAAUAUCACUUGCUUGUCUCCAAGAUUGCGUAACCUACGGUACCGUCGUAAAUAAGCUUAUGUAAGAUUGCUGUUAUCUACGAAAAUCGUAAAGUUACUAUGCUGAAAACAGACCUUGAUUUUUUCAAUAAUCUUUUGAAUUACACAGGCGUAGAAUUCUAGGCCAGAAUCUGCCUGUAAUAGGCUAGACAAGUUGAUACAAUCAGUCAUCCCAGGAUGAAGCUAUCCUACUUAGCCAUACCUCUUCAGGAGCGCCUCAGCGGCGUAGUUGGUAUGGUAUUAGCGUUCCUCCUCGGUGGUCGCGGGUUCGAUUCUCGGCCAUUCCGUUGAGGAGUGAGAGAUGUGUAUUUUUGGUGAUAGAAGUUCACUCUCGACGUGGUUCGGAAGUCACGUAAAGCCGUUGGUCCCGUUGCUGAAUAUAGUAACCACUGGCUCCAUGCAACGUAAAAGCACCAUAGUACAAACAAACAAUAACUCUACAGGACCUUGCGCAUCGUCGCCUAAAAAGAUGCGCUGUUUGGACGUCGUGGGAGGCCCCGGAGUAUAAAACUAAGCGACCGUGAACACGAGGGCACAGACCAGUCCAGACCUCCGUAGCGCGAAGACCGAAGCCCCUUCGCAACGACAUAAACACACACGCAAGACAGAGGGGGACCCCGUCUAUUUUUUAUACUUUUCGCUGCUGAGAACGAACCCAAGUCAACAUCAUCCAGCUGCAGUUUCCCAAAGGAACAGGAACGCCUUCUUCCCGUAAAUCCGUUUUCAUUGAAAACCCUUAAGCUCACACAAGCCUAGAUCAGAGAGAAGAUUGACAGUUGUUGAAGUAAAAACCGAGACUUUCACGGAGUGAACUUAGUCACCAGAAGCCGACGGAAGCUGGGAAUGGUGUCCGACAGAGUGGUUCUCCUCCUGGCCGUCUUCCGCCUGCAUGUUGCUCUCUGCAUCCCAGUUUUGCAAGAAAAUCCUGAAAUAAGCAGCAGACAGGCUAGAUCGGUCAGUGAGCCGCAGUACCCGGUACUGGGUCGCCUCAGUCAGGAUGGGUCGCAGCUGAAGCAGUGGGAUCUGCCGCAUCUGAUGGACGAGGAAGACUACCCCGCCACCUACGUAAAAAGCCGCCCAGACGUCCACCGCGCCCACCACCUCAUGGAAAUUCCAGCCCGCCCACGCCCAGAGAACAGCCACACACACCGGAGGACCCUUGACUACCCGCUGACCAAACGGAACGAAGAGACCAACAUUCCUACCAUGGGCCUCGGUAAGAGGUCAUCCCCUUACGACCCGUAUGUUAGUGUAGGAGUACUGUCAGACAUGCGCAAAUUCUUCAACGACCUUCGCGUCAAUCUGGACAGCGUAGAGGAGGCAGCGGGGAUGAGCCAAGAGCAGGGCGGUUUCAAAAAUGGUGCCAUAGACCCAUCAGACUUCCUGAGCUUCCUCUCGAAGCAUGGAGCCCGAAGCAGCGAGACGACAAGUGCCGAAUCUGGUUUACCGCGAAAUCCCACCCACAUACGACGCCUCAUGUUCGGUUACAACCACGACGACCAACCCUACAUCCACUCCGGUCUGGGGAAAUAGACUCAGCUCUGAGUUGGCCUCCAGUCUCAGAAGACCUCUUUGCACUCUGACCCGUAUUAGGAGAAAACGAGGGGGAAACAGUGUCACUCAAGAUAUUUAAUAAAAACUUAGGGUCAUUCACCUUAAAUAAUAUAUA